UCUAACUUCCGGCAUUUUUUAUGUGUUUGUAAACAAGUUAUAUUUUUCAGGAUUUUCAUCAUGUCUCGCGGAACUAGUCCGGCCAGAGACAAACGAAUCAUCCACUUAGCGGCAGAAGUUGCUGAGACCAAGGACAGACGAGUGCCAUCACUCUUACUACGGUUAAAGCCAAUUCUAGACACAUGUCCCCCUGCUUCUGGUGAUGGUACACGAAUACGGCGCGAAAUUUGGGAGUUUCAGCUGCUUGAUGUUCUCAUCUUAAUCCUGAAGCAAGACUACAGUGUCAUUGAGGGACAAUGGCACACUGCCUCAAGACUUACUGCCAUUUUUAGCCAAGUAGUGACUGGCCUUGACCUGAGUAAAGAUGAAAUGCGACAGGUUGAGAAGGAAAAACUGCCAGAUGCUGUUGACAACAUGUUUCUGGUGGCCAGGCGCAUCCAGGCUCGAUACCUUGUAGUGCCAAAAGUUCCAAGCAAAGAAAAAGAGAGGAUGUUUCUGCUGGGAUGUUUCAAGACUGUUAUAGAAGCCCUGGUUGUGAUAGCAGCUGCGUAUCUCUCCAUCACAGCAAAAGUGAUGUCAUCGCCAUGGUUACUCCAGCUGACGAUCAUGGACAAUGGUGAAUCUGUUAUUAUGGUGAUGGAUAUGGUUGUAAAGGUCGUCAGAGCAAACUGGCUAGCACUGAAAGAAGUCCCACACAAGACGCUAUUCAGCAUCAUGGAUGAGCUGGUUUACAAACUGUCCGCCGAGACUGACCCUGGACUUGGGGCAGGAGCAGCAAAGUGUGUGCUGUGUAUCUGCGAGUACCACAAGCCCAUGGUUGCUUCCCUUUGUGCCCGGUACCGCGGACUACGUCCCCUGCUUGCGCGAUGGGAGGGUCAAGGGUUCAGUCGUGAUCUCAAGCACCUUCACAAGAUGCUGGAAGCUGGGAAUGCACAGAGAGCAGAAAUGGAGAGAAAUUCCGACUCGGCAGUGUUGAUCCAGGCCAACUGGAAGGGGUUCAUCACCAGGAAGAAACUGGCCAAGGCAAACAAAGCCUUCGCUAAACUUCAUAAAGCCUUCAGGAACCGCCAAAGGGUUCGGGAAGAGACCCUUGUCCGAACAAAACACCAGUCUGAGAUGGAGUAUCGGGGUUUGCUCAAUCGGCAGAAAAUUAUGCGGGAAUUCAGGGAAAAACAACUUCAUUGCAUAGAAAUAUUGCCUGCAUCUAAAGUUGACAAGUAUCUCCAAAAUGAAGAGUUUGAUGCCGCCACCAAGAUUCAGAAACUUUGGAGAGGAUUCAGCGAGAGGGAAAAGCUUACUGGGCGACGGGAUAACAUAAAACGUAUCCGUGCGGCCGUGAAAAUUCAGCGCACAUUCCGCACCUGGCUUGAGAGGAUUGAGAGGAAGAAAGGAGACAUUCCGAUUCACCUUCGACCACCAGGGCUCACUGACAAUAGGAGGGUGGAACUGCAGAAGUGUAUCAGCAACCACAGAGAGGAGAAUCCAACGCAUGUUAUGACACGUGAGGAGUUGGAAGUUCUUCAAAAGAAGGCAAUGGGAAUGCUUGGACAGUACUAUGGCGGGAUUCGACAGAGCCGGAAGGAUGAACACAAGCGAGAAAUGCUCAUCACCCGUCUAGAUAUCGACUCUGAACUGUGCUCAUUGGCGCCACCACUAGACAAAGUCACACAGAAGGAUGUUGAGAUGUACUCAACCCGCUCCGUUCCCGUGGCAACUAAGGCACGUGUGAACCACAUGGAAACACUCCGGAACCUUCAGUUGCCAUGGUGGAAAAAACUGGGAGAUGAGUUCCAGGAAGCGGAAAUACCAGAGGAGGAAGUGCUGCUGUUCUAAAAGCUGAUUGGCUGGUUGAGUUUCUGAUUGGUCAGGUUUUCUUACAUCUGAUUGGCUGGGUAUUUUGAGUUGUGAUUGGUGAAGUUUACUGUGAUCUGAUUGAUCAGAGAAAAAACAUGUAUGUGUAGGCAGUUGGCUGAUAACACUUCCAUGUGUUUAAAUGUAGUUAACCGUUUAAGAACAUAGUUUUCUGCUGUGUUACUUUAAAAAGGGCAUUUAGGUCUAAAUUCCUCAAUUUGAUGUCUAACGUAAGAGACAUUCAGUAUAUUCAUGGAAGCAACAGCCAGGACCUAGAGCAGUAGUAUAUACAUUCCUCACAUGCAUGUUCAUUGUAGUUAGAACAAGCUGUAAUUUCAUUUCCUGUUCUUGAGAUGGUAAAGUUAAAACUGUACUCUCUCAUACGGUAGUCUCAGCCAGGCACCAGAUUUACAUGUGUACAUGCAGCAUCCGUCCGUAAUGCUACAAUGAUCGUUAAGAUAUAGAUCUGUGAUAUUUUUAUAUUAUUUAUUUGUCUUAUUGAAGUACAUGUAGACUUUAUAGUUUUACAUAUUUGAACUUUUUUUAAUAAAUGAUUUAAAACCUU